GAAGUCCAAUCCUUUUACACAAAUAAAUGAAGAAGUCCAACGCUUCAUUUUGUCUCUCCUACUUGACUUGAGCUGUUGAUCAAUAAUUCUCCAAAUUAAUUGGCUCCAACGAUGGACGAGAGAGAGCCGGUAAGAAUUGAGGUGUCGGAGAUCAGAAGAAUAAGAAGCCUUAGUUCAUCAUUCGGUCGUCAAACAUUGAGUUUCCGAAGCAGCUCGGCCGCAUCGGUGGAGGAGGAGCAUGAGAGGGAUACUAUAGAUCCAUCACUUUGGGCAACAGUUGAGAGAUUACCGACAUUCGAACGGUUGAGAUCGUCGUUGUUCGAAGACGUUAGAGGAGUGGAAGUUGAUCAGGAGAAUGGUGGAAGAAGAGUUGUUGAUGUUACUAAGCUUGGAGAUGUGGAACGCCAUCUUUUUAUACAAAGACUCAUCAAACACAUUGAAAAUGAUAAUCUCAAGCUCUUGACAAAAAUUAGAGAGAGAAUCCACAAGGUUGGUGUGAAAUUUCCAACGGUGGAAGUGAAAUACAAAAAUGUGCACAUUCAGGCAGAAUAUGAGAUCGUUCGUGGGAAAGCUCUUCCAACACUAUGGAAUUCAUUUCAAACCAAGUUUUUUGACAUCAUCAAAUUAUGUGGUUCGAAGUCCCAUGAAGCUAAAAUUAACAUAAUCGAAGAUGUGAGUGGUGUCAUAAAGCCAGGAAGGUUAACUUUGCUACUUGGACCUCCAGGAUGUGGAAAGACCACACUACUAAAGGCACUCUCUGGGAAUCUUAACAAAUCUCUCAAAAUGAGAGGUCAUAUUUGUUAUAAUGGACACGAACUUGAAGAAUUUGUCCCCCAAAAGACUUCUGCUUACAUAAGCCAAUAUGACCUCCACAUUCCUGAGAUGACUGUGAGAGAAACCUUAGAUUUUUCAGCUUGGUGUCAAGGCAUCGGAAGUCGAGCAGAAAUGAUGAAGGAAGUUUGUAAAAGGGAGAAGGAAGAAGGAAUUAUUCCUGAUCCUGAUGUUGAUACUUACAUGAAGGCUAUUUCUGUUGAAGGAUUAAGACAAAGUCUUCAAACAGACUACAUACUCAAGAUCCUUGGGCUUGAUAUCUGUGCUGACACUUUAGUUGGAGAUGUAAUGAGAAGAGGUAUUUCAGGUGGUCAGAAAAAGAGAUUAACCACAGGAGAAAUGAUUGUUGGUCCAAACCGAGCAUUGUUCAUGGAUGAAAUAACAAAUGGAUUGGAUAGUUCCACUGCCUUUCAAAUAGUUUCUUGUCUUCAACACUUUGUUCAUCUUUCGGAUGCUACAAUUCUUAUUUCUCUUCUUCAACCAGCUCCAGAAACCUUUGAAUUAUUCGAUGAUUUGAUCUUGAUGGCACCAAAUAAAAUUAUCUAUCAUGGACCUUGUAACCAAGUUCUUGAAUUCUUUGAAGAUUGUGGAUUCAAGUGCCCUAAAAGAAAAGGUGUUGCAGAUUUUCUUCAAGAAGUCAUUUCCAAAAAAGACCAACCACAGUUUUGGUACCCUAAUCACAUUCCCCAUACACAUAUCUCGGCCGAUACAUUUUGUAAGAAUUUCAAAUCGUCGAGUUACGGAAGAAAGCUCGAAGAAGAGCUCUCAAAAACUUCUUCUUUUGACAAUGACAAUGGAGACAAAUUAGGAAGCAUCCAUGUCGAUCAUAAUGUUUCUAAAUGGGAAGUGUUCAAAGCUUGUGCAUCAAGAGAACUUCUCCUCAUGAAAAGAAAUUCAUUUAUCUAUGUAUUCAAGACAAUUCAGCUUAUUGUUAUCGGUUCAAUAACGAUGACUGUGUAUUUACGAACUCGAAUGGGAGUUGAUCUUGAGCAUAGUAACUACUACAUGGGAGCCCUAUUUUUUGCACUUCUUUUACUACUGGUUGAUGGGUUUCCAGAGUUGGCAAUUGUCAUUCAAAGACUAGAAGUUUUCUAUAAACAGAGAGAAUUCUAUUUCUACCCAGCAUGGGCCUAUGUAGUUCCGGCUGCCAUUUUGAAGAUCCCUCUUUCACUACUUGGAUCAUUAGUAUGGACUUCUCUUACUUAUUAUGUCAUUGGUUACACCCCUGAGGCUACCAGGUUUUUCCGACAACUCAUUACUUUAUUUGCCGUGCAUUUAACAUCUUUAUCGAUGUUUCGACUAAUAGCUGGGGUGUUCCAAACACAUGUUGCUUCCAUGGCAGUAGGAAGUUUCGCAAUAUUACUUGUCUUGAUAUUUGGUGGCUUCCUUAUCACACAUCCCUCAAUGCCAGUUUGGUUGGCAUGGGCAUUUUGGGUUUCUCCCAUUAGUUAUGGUGAAAUUGGGCUUUCAGUAAAUGAAUUCCUUGCUCCAAGGUGGCAAAAGGUUGAAGCUACGAACAGUACAGUAGGGCAUGAAGUUCUUCAAAGUCGAGGCCUCGAUUAUCGUCCAUACUUCUUCUGGAUUUCACUCGCAGCCUUGUUUGGAUUUGCACUUCUGUUCAACCUUGGAUUUGCUUUGGCUCUUACUUUCCUCGAUCCCCCUGGAUCUUCUCGUGCUAUUAUCUCUUAUGAAAAGCUUUCCAAAUCCAAGAGCAGUCAAGAAUCUAUUUCAGUGGAACAAGCUCCGACCGCCGUAGAAUCCGUCGAAGCCAGAUUAGCAUUGCCAUUUAAACCUCUAACAGUUGUGUUUCAAGACUUGCAGUAUUAUGUGGACAUGCCAUUGGAAAUGAGAGAAAGGGGUGUCAGCCAGAAGAAACUCCAACUCCUUUCUGAUAUUACAGGGGCUUUAAGGCCUGGCAUCCUCACAGCAUUGAUGGGUGUCAGCGGAGCUGGAAAGACAACUCUACUUGAUGUUCUUGCAGGAAGAAAAACGAGUGGAUACGUCGAAGGAGAAAUUAGAAUUGGUGGUUUUCCUAAAGUUCAAGAAACAUUUGCAAGGAUAUCUGGUUAUUGUGAACAAACUGAUAUACAUUCUCCACAUAUCACAGUGGAAGAAUCUCUAAUUUUCUCUGCUUGGCUUCGUUUGUCAUCUGACAUCGACUUGAAAACAAGAGCACAAUUUGUGAAUGAAGUCCUUGAGACCAUUGAACUUGAUAGCAUAAAGGAUACCUUAGUUGGGAUACCUGGCGUCAGCGGUCUAUCAACUGAGCAGCGUAAAAGAUUAACCAUAGCUGUGGAGCUUGUUUCUAAUCCCUCUAUCAUCUUCAUGGAUGAGCCUACCACUGGUUUGGAUGCACGUGCAGCAGCAAUUGUCAUGCGAGCUGUUAAGAAUGUGGUUGAUACUGGAAGAACCAUAGUUUGUACCAUCCACCAGCCAAGUAUUGACAUCUUCGAAUCAUUUGAUGAGUUGAUUCUUCUCAAAACUGGCGGUCAAAUGGUUUACUGUGGUCCAUUAGGACAACAUUCAUCCAAGGUUAUAGAAUAUUUUGAGCAUGUCCCUAGGGUUUCAAAGAUUAGAGAGAACUACAAUCCUGCAACAUGGAUGCUAGAGGUUACCUCUUCAUCAGCAGAAGCAGAACUUGGCAUAGAUUUUGCUCAAGUGUAUAGAAACUCUUCUCAAUAUGAGCAUAUCAAAGAACUUGUGAAGCAGUUGAGUAUUUCGCCUCCUGGUUCGAGAGAUUUGCAUUUUUCAAACAUCUUUUCGCAUAAUUUUGUGGGACAAUUCAAGGCUUGCCUCUGGAAACAAAACUUGUCUUAUUGGAGGAAUCCUUCUUAUAACUCAAUGCGUUUCUUGCAUACCACUUUAUCAUCUUUGAUUUAUGGGAUACUAUUCUGGAAACAAGCAAAGAAGCUAGAAAACCAGCAAGACUUAUUCAAUGUCUUCGGUUCAAUGUUCACGGCUGUGAUCUUUAUGGGUAUCAACAACUGCUCAUCAGUCCUUCCUCAUGUAUCAAUGGAGAGAACUGUGAUGUACAGGGAAAGGUUUUCUGGGAUGUAUUCUUCAUGGGCUUAUUCACUUGCGCAGGUGAUUGUUGAGGUUCCAUAUCUGUUUGUACAAGUGGCUAUCUAUAUAAUUAUCACUUACCCAAUGAUUGGAUACGAUGGAUCAGCUUCCAAAGUAUUAUUGUGUUUCUACUCGAUGUUCUCAGCACUUCUUUACUUUAAUUAUCUUGGGAUGUUGCUCGUCUCCAUCACACCAAACUAUCAGAUUGCUAGCAUUUUGUCCUCUGCCUUCUACACCAUGUUCAAUCUCUUUUCUGGCUUUCUCGUUCCAAAACCACAAAUUCCAGGGUGGUGGAUAUGGUUGUAUUAUAUGAUCCCAACGUCGUGGACUUUGAAUUGUUUACUAACUUCACAAUAUGGAGAUGUAGACAAGCCAUUGAAGGUGUUUGGAGAAACAACAACAAUAUCAGUUUUCUUGAGACAUUACUUUGGGUUUCACCACAACGAACUUCUCCUUGUAGGAGCCAUUCUCAUUCUCUUCCCAAUCCUUAUAGCUUUCCUUUUUGGAUAUUUUAUAGGAAAAUUGAACUUUCAGAGAAGGUAAACACGUUAACCUUUUUUUUGUUUUUUUUGGUAAAAAUCCUAUCUGAAAUUAAUAUUUGAAUCAUUUUCGUGCUGUCAAAGUUUCAAUUCUGUAUAUAUUCUGAUAAUAAGCGUUGAAGAAUAAUCGUGUAAUAUUUCAUUUUCACAAAAGCUUAGCAUCAAUUAAAUAUGAUUGUGUUUUUCAUUUC